CCGGAUAUCCGUUCCACGCGGCCAGCCGCGGCGGCGACAGCGCGUGACGUCAUCUUGGCAUUAGCAGCGAACGCAGUGCGCAGAGUUUUGGUUAGGCCUGACUCCUGGGAGGAUCAGAAGUGAGCGCCUAUGCAUCGAUGGACUAGCGUCUACCGAUAGCAAGCGCCGCACCCGUGAACCGCUUGCUAUUGUCCUCGUGAGACCUUCCCGACGGAAACGAAGCAACAGAGAACCGCGCGGCAGCGUUUCCGCUCCUAAGUGAUACCCAAGGUUCCCGAGAGCGGCCAUUGUCGGAAUGGCCAAGAAGACGUACGAUUUGCUCUUCAAAUUGCUGCUCAUCGGGGACUCCGGAGUGGGCAAAACGUGCAUAUUGUUCAGGUUCUCCGACGACGCGUUCCACACUACCUUCAUAUCGACCAUCGGUAUUGACUUCAAGAUAAAGACCAUAGAGUUGAAGGGCAAGAAAAUAAAGCUGCAAAUAUGGGACACGGCUGGCCAGGAGCGCUUCCACACAAUCACGACGUCCUACUACCGAGGUGCCAUGGGCAUCAUGCUGGUGUACGACAUCACCAACAGCAAGAGCUUCGACAACAUAGCCAAGUGGCUGCGCUACAUCGACGAGCACGCCAACGAAGACGUCGAGAAGAUGAUCCUGGGCAACAAGUGCGACAUGGAGGACAAGCGCCUCGUCUCCCGGGAGCGGGGAAACGCCGUAGCGAUAGACCAUGGAAUCCGGUUUAUGGAGACGAGCGCCAAGACCAAUGUCAACAUCGAGUUUGCCUUCACAGAGCUCGCGGAGGCCAUUUUAAAUAAGCAAAUGGCGGGCAAGGAUUUGGCGGAAAACCAGGACAGGCUUAGGGUACUGCCCCCGGAGAAGAGGGUGAUGAAUUGUUGCUAGGGUAUGUUCCAGUAAUCGUCGUGUCAAGAAAGUGAAGCAUACAGAUAACAUAUGAGUGUAAGAGAGAGAGAGCCUAAAAGAGACACCCACAACACAUAGCAGGUGACUAUGACCCGACAACACUAUACAAAAGCAAAAACGUUGGCAAAUACACGCAGCAAAACCUGGACCCCAAGUAGCUCCCCCCCUAGAGCGUCUUCAUCCGCGCCGAAACAAUGGCCGCAGCGAUGCAUCGCAGCCACGCUGAUCCUCUCAACGCCCCUCGGGACCUUCGAGUUUGUGGAAAGUCGUGCAACGAGCGGAAGAACAACAAACAACGGCGUCCCGGGUCUUUCGUUUGGACGGACGACCGCCCGGCCAACGCUUGUUUCUUCUUUUUACUGCCUUAACGGGACUGAGAGUCGGCGGUCACACGGGACGACGGAAAACAAACGUGCGGCGAACCUCUCCUCCGCACACGUCGCCUGCCAGAGAGUCGCCGGCGGAGGACGUCGAGUGUUUGUAGUGGAGAGACGGACGGACGUGCGAACGACGACAACUUUCAGAACGAAACGUCCGUGGCAACCGGCGAAGAAAGGACAGUGGGAUUGUCUCCUUCUCCCUAUCCCCCCACCUCCCGUCCCCCUCCCUUUUCUGCCAUUUUGUGCGCGUGUGCGUGUGUUUUUAAUUUGCAUCGAAGCUCGUGCUUCGAAACAUUUUUUCACAGCAGAAAAGAAGCGCGUGCGUGUUGCUAGCAGCAGUCGUAGGUCGUUUCCGUUGCUUUGUUUCGUUGGGUUUUGCGGAUCGGCGUGCGUUUCUCCCGCGUGCAACUCUCGGCGUUUCGAUUGCGCAGCCAGUCUGCGCCCAUUCUGCUCGGUGCGAGAAGCAACGGACGAAGGGGGAUUCCCUUUGCGUUGGCAACGUUUGUAGGAUGCUCGAAACAUCUCUCUUGUUGCUUUUGUUGAGGAAGAGGCUCCAUACUGUCAAUUUCUUGUUUUCACUGUACGAUACGCUUCUUUUGUUGAAUAAAUUGCAGUUCUUCUA